AUUUAGGCAUUCGAAAAGAACUCUCCCGUCUUCUCUCCUCCCGCUCUGUCUCAGACACUCACUCUCGACUCUUCGGCUUCAAGCCAAUGGCGGCGUGGACAGUUGUGGCUCGUCAAGCUUGGAACUUGACUCGGCUUUCCUCUCCCAGGCCCGCUCCUCAGGCUACUUCUCUAAUCCAUCGGCGAGGUCUAGCCAGCGGUGGCGAUCAUCAUGGACCUCCGAAGGUGAACUUUUGGCAGGAUCCCUUGAGCCCAUCCAAAUGGAAAGAAGAGCAUUUUGUUAUUGUCUCCCUAUCUGGCUGGGGCUUACUCUUCUAUGGGGGCUAUAAGUUUUUCACCAAGGGCAAGAAGGACAACAAAGAAGAGCAUGAUAAGGAAGAGCAAAGCUGUUUUUUGCCAUGAUGAUUUAGCAGGCAUGAAAAAGAACUUCAUUUUUCCAGUUUGGAUCUCAUAUUUGAUUUCCAGGUAUUUAGGCAAGCAAGGCAAUUUUUUUUCUGCUGUGCUGAAAUUUCUGAUUCCAUAUUUUAUGUUGAUCUGUAUCAUGGUGCCAGUUAAUUUCCCAAUUGAUUUAUACCAUUGUGCCAAUUAGUUUCCUCAAUGCUGGGCCAUCAUGAAACUUACCACCAUUGGAAUGGUUCAACCCAUCCAAAAUGCUACUGGAAAUCACUAUAAUCUUUCUGAAUCUGACUUACCUCAUCUCU